ACAAGUGCCCAUUCACCUUAGUGUCACACCAGCUGUCAGAGGGGGAGGAUGUCACUCAGCGGCUCCGACAGUGAUGAAGGAAAGCUCUCAAAAAAUGGCCCACGAAUUAGGAAAAGGCCUGGAAAUUCUUCGCAGGAGGAGGAGGUGAAGACAAGCCGCUAUCUACGCCGCACAAAAUCCGUAACUUUAGCGGAACACAUCACACAAGCGGAGAAGCGAGCACGUUCCCUACAGCCGGAUAGACCCAUCCACAAGCCCCGGGACUCCCUAUUUUCGUGGUCUUCGGGGUUCAAUCGCUUCGAGGGGUUCGUCAACUGGGGGUUCCUGAUCCUCCUAUUGGGCGGCCUACGACUUUUCCUGGAGAACGUGCUCAAGUACGGCGUGAAGAUUAACCCAGUGUCGUGGAUUUUGUGGCUCAAAAAUCAACAAGAACACGACUUUUUUCACACGCCCUUGUUCCUCGCAGUUGCCAACGUUCAUGUCUUUGUCUCCUAUUACAUUGAGAGACAGAUCGCCAAGGACAAAAUCUCAGCGCGUGUCAAAUAUGGCGUCUUGGUUGCCCACUUGUCAAUUAUUCUACUAAUUCCGGUGUUCGUCCUGGGAAUAUGGCCGCAUCACUUCAGUCUGUUGGGUCGUACAGUGGUGUGUGUGGUGUACACGGUGCUGUUCCUGAAGCUGUGGUCAUACGCGCACGUAAACCAUUGGUGUAGACAGGAGAACACCAACACACUGGCCAGGCGCAGAAGUUUCACAUUUAGAAAGGUUCAAGGCAGUGCCAGCGAGGUGAGCCAGGGAGGUGAUGCCCCGCGGCCUGGUGUGAGCGUGACCCAGUACCCAAAUAACUUGACCCUGCCUGACCUUUACUACUUCCUGGCCGCCCCCACGCUCUGCUAUGAACUCAACUUCCCAAGGUCACAGAGGAUCAGAAAAAGGUUCCUGCUGAGGCGGAUGGUAGAGGUGGUUGUCAUCACGAACAUAAUCUUAGCGAUGUUCCAGCAGUGGAUGGUGCCAAGCAUUAAAAACUCAUUCCAAGCCUUCUCGGACCUAAAUUACCUGAGAUGUGCGGAAAGGCUUCUUAAAUUAGCGAUCCCCAACCAUAUAGUGUGGUUAAGCUGGUUUUAUUUAAUAUUUCACUCCUUCCUAAACACAAUGGCGGAGAUUCUGUACUUCGCUGACCGUGACUUCUAUCAAGACUGGUGGAAUGCUAAGGACGUAGGCACAUUCUGGCGUCUCUGGAACCUACCUGUGCAUAAGUGGGCGGUCAGACACGUGUUCGUCCCGAUGAUGCACGCCCGUUACAGCAAAAGCACUGCUGCUGUGGCUGUGUUCCUGAUCUCCGCAGCGCUGCACGAGUACCUGGUGUCCAUCCCACUGCAUAUGUACAAAGUGGGGGUGUUUCUUGGCAUGAUGACCCAGGUCCCUUUAGUCUACAUGAGCACCUUCGCCAACAAGAGGUUCGGUCCCCGCAUUGGUAACUUGAUGGUCUGGGCCUCACUCAUACUAGGACAGCCUCUUGGAAUAAUGGUAUACUAUCAUGACUAUGUGGUUAAGAACUUUGAUCCUGCCUUGCUGUGAGGGAGAGAGAGAGAGAGGGAGAGGGAGAGGGAGAGGUGUGUGUGUGUGUGGGGUUGAGUGUUUGUGUUUUUGUGGGUUUUUGGUGUUUUGUGUGUGUGUGUGUGUGUGUGUGUGUGUGUGUGUGAGAGAGAGAGAGAGAGAGUGAGAGAGAGAGAGAGAGGUGAUUUGGUAAAGUUUUCUGCAUUUCUGUAUAAAAAUUUGGGUUUUUUUUUUUUUUUUUUUUUGAGAGAGAGAGAGAGAGGCAUCCCGUACAAAAUGCAUUUAAACGAACACACACACACACACACACACACACACUAAAUAAAAUAUAAAUAAAUAAUAGAUUACCCACAAUGCAAUAUUCUGUGCCAAUAUUAGCUUAAGUUUACAAUAUUGUGAUAAAAAAGACCUUGAAUUUUUUGCUAAUAUAAAUUUACAAUAUAUAUUUCAACAUUAAA